UCUUUAAAUAGUUAACCCUUGCCCGGCCGCGCAGCAGCCUCUCGGCUCCGCGCCUGUCUCCCUCAUGGCCGCCGCACAGGAGCGUCUGUACCUGGGCUUCGACUUCAGCACGCAGCAGCUGAAGGUGGCCGCCGUCGAUGGAAACCUGAGCGUCGUCCACCAGAACAACGUGCAGUUUGACUCUGAGCUGCCUGAGUUCAGAACUCAGGGCGGUGUUCACAUUCAUGCUGACAGGCUGACGGUCACUUCCCCCACCCUCAUGUGGGUGAAGGCUCUGGACCUGCUGUUGGACAAGAUGAAGGGGGCGGGGUUUGACUUCUCCCGUGUCAGAGGCGUGUCGGGCAGCGGCCAGCAACAUGGCAGCGUGUUCUGGAGGACAGGAGCUGCUCACACACUCACACAGCUGCAGCCAGACCGGAGCCUGCACCAGCAGCUGCAGGCCUGUUUCUCCGCAGCAGACUCUCCUGUGUGGAUGGACUCCAGCAGCGCCCCUCAGUGUCGCGCCCUGCAGGCGGCGGCGGGCGGCGCGGCCAGGCUCGCCCAGCUGACCGGCUCCAGGGCAUACGAGCGUUUCACGGGAAACCAGAUCGCCAAGCUGUUCCAGACCAGACCAGACCAGUACCACAACACUGAGAGGAUCUCAUUGGUCAGUAGCUUUGCGGCCUCUCUCUUCCUCGGGGAUUACGCCGCCAUCGACUACAGUGACGGCUCGGGGAUGAACCUGCUGGACAUCAGGACUAGAAACUGGUCUGAGAUCUGCCUGGAAGCCACUGCACCUCAGCUGGAGCGACUGCUGGGAGCUCCACAGCCCUCCUCAGCAAUACUGGGCCCCAUCUCGUCCUACUUUGUGUCUCGGUACGGUUUCUCUGAGGACUGCAAGGUGGUGGCAUUCACCGGAGACAACCCAGCGUCUCUUGCAGGAAUGAGGCUGCAGGAAGGCGACGUCGCUGUCAGUCUGGGUACCAGUGACACGGUGUUUGUGUGGAUCCAGCAGCCUCAGCCGGCGCUGGAGGGCCACAUCUUCUGCAACCCGGUGGACUAUCAGGCUUACAUGGCCCUGCUGUGUUUCAAGAACGGCUCGUUGACCAGAGAGCGCAUCAGGAACGAGUGUGCUGGAGGAUCAUGGGAAGUUUUCUCUGCCGCCCUGAGGGACACGCCCCCUGGAAACCAUGGCAACAUCGGCUUUUAUUUUGACACCAUGGAGAUCACGCCGACUGCAGUGGGAGUUCACCGCUUCGACCGGGACAACAACAAGGUGUCGUCAGCUGUGGACUCUCAGGUGGAGAUCAAGGCCUUGGUCGAAGGUCAGUUCCUGUCCAAGAGGCUCCACGCAGAGAGACUGGGAUUCACCAUCAUUCCAGGCACUAGAGUGCUGGCAACAGGAGGAGCCUCUUCUAACAAGGACAUUCUACAGGUUCUGUCUGACGUCUUCAACGCUCCGGUCUACACCAUCGACGUGUCCAACUCGGCCUGUCUGGGCUCAGCGUACAGAGCUCUGCACGGCCUGGUAGCCGAAUCCGGAGUUUCCUUCUCUGACGUGGUGAAGAACGCGCCGGAACCUCAACUGGCCGUCACGCCCACACCUGGAGUGCAGCAGGUUUACGACCAGAUGCUGAAGCGCUACGCCCAAUUGGAGGAGAGAGUUCUGCAGGAGUCCCGCCCCUGAGCCCCAACAACCAAUCAGCUCUCAGGGCAGAAGGAGAGGGAGAACCUGCUCUCGGCCGUGAUUGGACGACAGAGGGGGCGUGAACCUUUCGGGAACCAAUAAACAGGAACCAGUGAAAGACGAAAAAGUGUUAUAACAGAAUUCUUAACAAGUAGGGAAAACAGUGAUUAUGUCUAAUUAAUUUUUUAGUGUCAUAGUGAAAUGAAGCGCACGCUGUCAUGGUUUUGCGUCCACAGGGGCGGGGUUUAGACAGACGCUCAAUGGGCGUGGCCACUUUCACCACAUGACGGUUUGGAUUGACAGGAAAUAAACGGCUUUAUCCUCCUCCAUCUCUGUGGCACCGAGCUGCACGCCCUCCUCCAGCCACACAAACACUUCCUCGCUGCACCUGAUUGGUCGAACGCCUCGCCGGCACGCCGUCCUCUCCUGCGUUUCAAACCGGACCAACAUGGCGGCUUUUUGGGAAACUUUCUCUGGAUUUUUUUUUUUUUUUUUACGAAACAGAAAUAAACCCUGCAGCUGCGGAAUCUGUCUUUUCAAAUCGAUGACGGUUCUUUAAAAGUUUCUGUUCUGAUGCCCCCUAAUUUGCAUAAAGACGCCUAGACCUGAACUUUAUGCAAAUGAGGAGACGUCGAUGUGACGCCCCGCUUCUUGAAAUGCAGCGCUCCCAGAAUGCAUUGCACAGCAGCUUACAUGGAAGGGACAAUGAAUGUGGGAAGCAAGGAUAUGAUUCAGAUUCAGAUUCACACGGCGGCCAUUUUCCUGUCGCUGUUCUCACAGCUGCUCGGCGUGGAACCACAGAGAACCUGACAACCUGCUGAGGUUCCACCGCCUCCAGCCUGAGGAACGACGGAGAGAGAAACUCCAGAGGGACGUCGGCUCAGAUUUCAACAGAUUAGAUCAGCUGUUAGCUACAACAGCUAACGUUAGCAUUCAGCCACUUCCUAGCUAACAUUACCGUCUGAUACCGAAAUGUGAACAAACAUCCUGGACACGGUUUUUCAGUCCCCCUGCUAAAGCUUGCAGUUAAACUCUGUGUUCCGGUGAGAACGUGGCAGAACGUUCCCGAGUCCAGCAGAACAUUAAAACCCAGCAGGACAGCUAACGUUAGCCUGCUAGCUUCAGCGCGGCCGGCGGCUUUCACUGCCACACCUUAAUAAAUAAAUAAUAUGAGUUCACUCAUAUUUCAGAAUGAAUUCACGUCUUUCCUGUCGGGUCAUGUGAUGCUAUCAAGCGAUAACGUUAGCUAGGAAGAGGCUGAAUGCUAAUGUUAGCUGUUGUCUAAAGGUAGUUUUAGCUGUACCGGUGACGGCACAGCAAGAUGGCCGCCGUGUGAACGUGCUCUAUAAGACACGGAGGGCGGGUUAGUGUGACGAGUCACUUCCUGUCUGCUCCACCGACUCUGACGCUCACCCACAUCUGGAACAAGAAACUGUCAAGAAACUACAACUUAAAAAUAAGAUUAAAUAUUAAAUUUGUAUAUGACCUAAAUAACAGCUGUGUUUCCAGCGGGCUGAUUGGGUUUGUUUGGUUUGUUUCUCAGUUCAUCCUGACAGAACAAACCUCACCUGACAUCACGACGUCACACUCAAGCCCAGGUUUAGCUAGCAGGUGUUGUCGAGGUAAUCAGACCGAUCCAAACCUCAUCGCUUGAAAACCGAGCCGACGUUUUUCUCAAACUUGAAAAUGAAGAGCCACGCCCCCUGGCGAUGCAGCUGCCCAAUCAGCUGCAGCUCCUCCAUGCUGCCGAGCAGGAGGAGAGAGAAAGCUGCAGUAAUGUCCGGCCAAGCGUCCGGCCCAUAAACUGGACCGUGUAGGGUUCAUGUGUUCCUGCUCUGGUGGAUUUGGUGGAUUUGGUGUGCACGCGUCACCGCUGUUCUUGCCAUGUUCACAGGAACACUCCAACAUUUUAGGCGUAAUCCCCUUUUCCCCAAGUUCCCCUGCCUGAGUCCAGAUGUUGGACACCAUCUCCUCUGUACGUCCAGAGGUUCAGUUCCUAUGAGUAGCAUUUCCUGGUAGCUUAGCAUAAAGACUUGAAGUCUAUGGGAGUCGUUAGCCUGGCUCGGUCAAAGUGAAAAAAUAAACCUCACAGCAGCUCUGAGGCUGUCUGAUUCACAGGGUGGAUCAUGUGGAUCUGAAAUACACAGUUUGCUAACAGCUAACAGGAGAGUCUUCACACAGGAAGUGAACAUCUGGACGAACAGAGGAGGAAAUUGUGUCCAACAUCUGGUCUCAGACAUGGGAUUUUACCUCAGAUAGUUGAGUGUUCCUUUACGUCAAAUCUCGCAGAGCUCUGCUGUCAUGCUGACGGAGCGAGGACAAACCCUGGAGUCGGUGGGGACAUCUGCAGGAGGACAAGGUCCCCCUGAUCGUCCCGUGGAUUAAAACAGCAGCUGAACCUGGGAUUAACAUCCUCAGACUGUAGGCGCUGGGCUCUGGCUGCUUAUUAAACGAGAGAAGCUGCUAACAGGAGUCAGAGCGACGCUGAAUUAGAUGUGAAAUUAAUUUGAGUUUUGGUUGUGAACGGCAGCCGAGAGUGAGCGACACGCUGAUAAUUUGAUCAUUUUCCAGGCGUCGGCAGAUAAGGAAGUGACAGUUUCAGACUUUAUUUCUGAGUGAGAUUGGUUGGUAGCUUGUUUUUUUUUUUCUUUCCAUUUGUAAACCAACCCUGUGCUCCCUCUGCUGCAGCACCUGCAGCGCUCACCUUGUUCAAGUCACAGUCAAGUGACAAACGACUUUUUCACCUCGUUAAGCGACUGUCCACGUCCUCACAGCCGCCCGCUCUGUCACAGCUGACCCACAGCGCUCCAUCAAAAUCCCUUUUCUGUCCUGAAAGCCGGGGAUUUCACCAGUGUCUUCAUUCCAGAAAAAAAAAAAUCAGUAAAGGGUGUAAUGAUUUAUUCACUGGGUUGAGUCGAGUUCAUUCACCAUUCUUUACAAAAAAAAAAUUAAAAUAAAAAACAGA